UUUUUUGGGUUGGUAAUUGUUCCAAAACCAAAAACCCUUCUCAACCCAUCAAACCAAACCCCCCAGACAUUGGUCUCUUGGUAAAACACCACCGCCGGUGGUGCCCGUGUUUUUUGUGUGUGUAGAGGUCAGUUUGCAGAUGGCUUUUAGAGGACGUGGCCGUGGAGGAUACGGCCGUGGCGGUGGCGGCAGCUUUGGAUAUGCUAAGCAAGAGCCAUUCCUUCUCUUUCCGGAAAUUGAAAACUUGCCUGAUGCCAAAAGCGUGACUGAAGAAAUGGCCUUAGUGCUUCGGAGUUCAAGAUUGCAAAAAUUUUGGAAUUCCUCUGUUUAUUAUCUCAAGGAUGAAGGCCAAAAGGGAUCGGGUGUCCAAGAAGCAGAUUGGGAUCGGCCAUAGAGUUGGAGAUCUCUAUAUGGUCGAAAGCUUGCAUUUCCCCUUAUCCACCUCUCCAGCUGCACUUUCCUCGUUUCAGUUAGAUUCUCAGUCAAGUCAGUUUUAUUUAUGGCAUUCUUGCUUCGGUCAUUUGUCUGUUGACCGCUUAUGGUCUUUAGCUCAAUCAGGGUUGUUGGGUAAAGUUUCUCUUAGUUAAAUUGAUGAAUGUCGAGGGUGUAAACUUGCUAAAAUGUCAGCUUUACUAUUUAAUAAAAGUACAUCUAUUUCUAUUUCUCCUUUUUCUCUUGUGCAUACUAAUGUCUAAGGACACUCUCCUGUUCUUACUAAAGGGGAUUCUGCAUACUAUAUGUCUUUUAUUGAUGAUUGCACCCGUUAUAUGUGGGUUUAUCUUAUGACCUAUAAGUCUGACUUCUACUAGAUAUACCGUACUUUCUAGUCUAUGAUCACUAAACAAGUUGGGUCUAUUAUUAAAUUGUUGCUGUCUGACUUUGGUGGGGAAUACUUUAAAAUUGAAUUCGUGGAUAUUUGGCCAAAUUGGGUACCAUUCACCAAGCUUCUCAUACUAAUACACCUGCCCAAAAUGGUCGAGCUGAGCGUAAACAUCGUCAUCUCCUUGAAACAGCUAGGUCUCUUCUUCUCUCUGCCUCCGUUCCGGCUUCGUUUUGGGGUGAGGCAGUUCUUAUUUCUACUUUUCUUCUCAACCGUAUGCCUACCCCUCUUCUUUCUGGUCGGUCUCCUUAUACGCUCUGUUUUCUCAACUUCCUAAUUACUCCCUCUGUGUGUUUGGGUCUGCUUGUUUUGUCCUUUUACCCCGUAAAGAUAGGACCAAACUAGUGCCCGGUCUGUCCUAUGUGUCUUUUUGGGUUAGUCUCGCUCAGAAAGGUUAUCGCUGUUAUGAUCCUGUUUCCCGUCGCCUUUAUAUCUCUCGCCAUUUUGCCUUUCUCGAAGGUCUAUCUUACUUUUAGCUUCCUCCUCUCACCGCCCCAGUUUCCAAAGAGGAUUUGGUUCAUAUUGAUCUAUUUUCUUCUAAGGUCCCAUCUGAUGAGUACAUCUCUACAGUUCCUCCUAAGCUUGUUCCAUCUUCUCCUCCUGCUUCACCUCUGGCUGCUUCUCCUUUGGCUUCUUCUCCUCCUCCGUUGUUAGUUUAUUCUUGUUGCAAGGCUCCUCCUCCACCAAUUGUCUCUGCCCCUGCUGUUGAUCCUCUUACUUUUGAUGACUCUGAUCCUGCUGCACACCGAUAUCCUCCUCAAGCACGUCAUUCUCCAAACAGGUUGGGUUGGUCUAAUACUUGUUUUUCUACUUCUUAUUGUACCUUUUUGUCUACUAUUCACUCUUUUGUAAAAAUCUCAGUCUUACAAGGAGGCCUGUUAGGAUCCUCAUUGGGUUCAUGCUAUAGAGGAUGAGUUGUUUGCUCUACAGAAAACUAGUACUUGAGAGUUGGUUCCUUUGCCUGCUAGUAAGAAUCUAGUUAGUUGCAAAUGGGUUUACAAAGUCAAGACUCAUUCUGAUGGUUCUCUUGAGCGCUACAAAGUUCGUCUGGUUGCCAAGGGUUUCUCUGAAGAGUAUGGUAUUGAUUAUGAGGAGACGUUUGCUCCUGUUGCCAAGAUGACUAUUGUCUGUACUUUGAUCUCUGUCGCUACUAUUCGUUCUUGGCCUUUUUAUCAGAUAGAUAUUAAGAAUGUUUUUCUUAAUGGCAAUCUUACUGAGGAGGUUUACAUGCGUCCUCCCCCUAGUAUUCACCAUUCCUCUAGCUAGGUUUGUCGUCUUCGGCGUGCUCUGUAUAGUCUGAAGCAGUCUCCUCGUGCUUGGUAUGAUGGCUUUCAGACGGUUGUUACCGAGCUUGAGUUUCGUCCUUCUAAUUCCGACUCUACUUUAUUUCUGAGAUAUACCUCGGCUGAUUUUGUUGCUCUCUUACUAUAUGUGGAUGAUAUGAUCAUCACUGACUCUGACUCUUCUGCUAUCUCUGAGGUCAGGCAACAUUUCUUCCGCACCUUCGAAAUGAAGGAUCUGGGACCAUUGUGGUAUUUUCUUGGUAUUGAGGUGGCUUCUUCACCCAAGGUUUACUUUUUGUCCCAGGCUAAGUAUGCCAACGAAGUUAUCCAUCGUGCUGGACUUAUUAACACUAAGCUUUUUGAUACCCCCAUUGAGCUUAAUGUGAAGCUCAACAUUACUAAUGGUGUUCCUUUGGACGAUCCUACGUUAUAUCGCGAGCUUGUGAGUUGCUUAGUCUAUCUGACAGUUACUCGCCCUGGUCUUGCCUAUGCUGUCCAUGUGGUUAGUCAGUUUGUUUUUGCCCCUCGCUCUACACAUUGGGCUGCUUUGCUUCGGAUCCUUCGCUAUCUUCAAAGUACUAUAUUUCAAGGCUUACUAUUCUCUUCUACUUCUUUCUUAGAUUUGGUGGCCUAUGCUGAUGCUGAUGCUGAUGCUGAUUGGGCUGGUGAUGUUAAUGAUCAUAAAUCUAUUUCUGGUUUCUAUAUGUUUCUUAGCGAUUCCCUGAUUUCUUGGAAAAGCAAGAAACAAACUAUUGUUGCCCGUUCUACUGCCGAAACUGAGUAUCGUGCUAUGGCUCAUGCUACUGCCGAAAUUAUUUGGCUUCGUGGUCUCUUAUCUGACUUGGGCGUCCCUCAAUCUUCUCCGACCUCUCUCUAUUGUGACAAUCAAAGUGCUAUUCAAAUUGCUCAUAACAAUGUCUUCCAUGAACGGACAAAACACAUUGAGAUUGAUUGACAUUUUGUCCGUUAGCAUCUGCAGUCUGGUUUUAUCUCGCUUCCUUUUGUCUCUUCGACUCUGCAACUUGUUGACUUCUUCACCAAGACUCACCACUGCUCGGUUUUGGUUUUUCCUUGACAAACUCUUAGUAUUUUCUGCUAAAAUAGCUUGAGUUUGAGCGGGGGUGUGAGAAUAUUCCUAUAUUCAGUGUUCUCCUUUUUCCUUUUAGGAUUAGGACUUAGUGUUCUAUAUCUAUUAGAUGUUCUAUAUCUAUU